AACCGGCCGGCUUUUUGGUGCAUUCAAGGUGAUACAAGGGCAGUCGGAAAAGGAGUAGCAAGGUCUUGUUGUAACUUUCCUUACUACAAACGUUUUAAAGAAAUAUUGGUGAUUGGACGUUUUGGCUGUUAAUAUUAUACAUCAAAACAAUAUGAGUGUCUGUCUUAUUGUAAUUGAUGGAUGGGGUAUUUCUGAUCAUAAGGAAGGAAACGCAAUCCUCAAUGCGUCAACCCCAGUGAUGGACAAGCUUGCUGCAGCUUCUGAUCAAUACUGCACUUUGGAUGCUUCUGGUUUGUCAGUAGGCUUACCAGCUGGCUUGAUGGGUAAUAGUGAAGUUGGUCACAUGAACAUAGGAGCAGGUAGGGUCAUGUAUCAAGAUAUUGUAAGGAUCAAUAUGGAUGUGAACAAUAAAAAAAUUUCUGAAAAUAAGCAUGUAAUUGAAGCUUGUAAUUAUGCUAAAGCAAAUAAUGGAAGACUUCAUUUCCUGGGCUUGGUGAGCGAUGGUGGAGUUCACUCACAUAUUAAUCAUUUAUUUGCCUUGCUUGAAACUGCAAAGCUCAGUGGAGUUCCCAAUACGUAUAUUCAGUUUUUCUCUGAUGGUCGAGAUACAAGCCCAACUAGUGGAGUUGUUUAUGUUCAACAGGUUUUGGAUAAAAUUAAAGAACUGCAGUAUGGUUCAUUGGCCACGAUCAUGGGUCGCUACUAUGCUAUGGAUCGAGAUAAGCGGCAUGAACGUGUUAAGCUGGCUUAUGAAGGUAUGGUCCAAGGAAUAGGAGAAAAAACAACACCUGAAAAGGUCAUUGACUUGAUCAAGAAACGGUAUGAAUCAACAGAAGAUAAACAGACAGAUGAAUUUCUUAAGCCAAUCAUUCUUGAUGAGUCUGGAUUAAUCCAAGAUAAUGAUACAAUGAUUUUCAUUGAUUUCCGUGCUGACCGUAUGAGGCAGAUUACCGAAACUUUUGGUCUAGAGAGGCAUUUUGAAACUGCUAAGGUUCCUCAAAAUCUAAAUAUUUUUACAAUGACCCAAUAUAAGAAAGAAUUCCCAUUCCCCAAUCUUUAUCCACCAGAAAUACCUAAAAAUGUAUUGUCAGAAUGGAUUGCGAGUAAGCAGUUAACUCAGUUUCAUUGUGCCGAAACAGAGAAGUAUGCUCAUGUUACAUUCUUUUUCAAUGGAGGUCAGGAAAAGGCUUUUCCUCUUGAAGACAGAUUAAUGGUUCCAUCUCCAAAAGUUGCCACUUAUGAUCUACAACCUGAAAUGAGUUGCAAACAGGUUGCUCAAGAAAUGGUUAAGGCUAUAGAAUCUGGAAAAUAUCCCUUUGUCAUGUGUAACUUUGCACCUCCAGAUAUGGUUGGCCAUACUGGUGUUUAUGAGGCUGCAGUGAAGGCUGUAGAAGCAACAGACAAAGCUAUAGGUAUGAUUCAGCAAGCCUGUGAAAAACAUGGCUAUGUUAUGUUAGUCACUGCUGACCAUGGAAAUGCUGAAAUGAUGAUUAAUGAAAAAGGUGGUCCAGUUACUGCCCAUACAACCAACAGGGUUCCUUUCUGCAUGACAGGCUUCCGCAAAUUCAAGAAACUAGAGCACAAUGCUGCUCUUUGUGACGUUGCUACAACCAUUCUAGACCUAAUGGGGCUAGACAUUCCUCCUGAGAUGACAGGAAAAUCUCUCCUUGCUCCUCCCUAAAGUUUUAGUAGAAAUGAAACAAUAUGCGAGUAGAAAUAUUAAUUUAUUGUUGAGCUGUUGUUAGCUUUUGCAGUAUGUGUGUUGUAUUGGUAUCUAAUUAAUAUAUAUGUAAACUAAGGAAUAUUAAUAUAUUUAUCAUGUUGUCAUUGUUGGUGUAUGAUAUGGUAAUCAUAUGAAUAUUUUUUUUAUUAUUAUGAUAAAAAAUUUAAUUUGUUACAGGUAAUUUAUUAUUUAUUUCAAUCAGACAACCUACUUAGAGGGUAAGUUGAUAAAUCAACCUGACCAUCAUAAUAGGUAAAUAUACUUUUCUUGUGUUUGUAUAAUCUUUGUAAUGAAAGGACAAUAAUUAAAAUUAGUAAAACUUACUUAGAAAACACAGAAAUAUUAAAGGUUAUUCUGAAAUUGGUUUGAAAAUUUUAUGUGAGGUCAAAGAAAUUUAUUUUCUGUUAGUGAAUGAAUUGUGGGAUGGCUGUAGUGAAAAUAAUUAAAGUUUUGAAACCAAUGCACUAAAAUUUGUGUAUGAAGCUUUGCAUCUGUACCAAAAGUUUUAAAGUCUACUACUGUUAGUGUUACAAAAGUAUUGGAAGUUUCUUGAAAUUGUUUAUCAUAUACAUAGAUUAUCAUAUAUAUAAAUGUUAUUUAUAAAUCCAUUUUUCAUAUUCUUGUUAGUUUCAAGGCUCUUUUACUUAAAUAGUUAAUUUAUUGUUUUCUAUUUUUACACUUUUUGUAAUCCACAUUAACUGGAAUCUUCUAAUGAGCUCAAAGUGGCUUACAGAUUAUAUAUUUACUUAGCCUAGUUAUAAUAAACUAUGCUAUAUGCUUUAUCAUACACUGUUAAAGAAGUGUUCAUGUCUAGUCAAUUUGUGUAAUAUACACUCAAAACAGUGUUCUGAAGACAUUCAGCUGAAAGAAUUAUGAAUUUUCCUAAACAUUACUCUAAAUGGUUUUCAACUUUUUUGAAAAAGAAGCUGAGUAUUACUGAGAACAAAAUAGUUUUAAAUUCUUUGAUAUAGCAAUUUUUAUGAUUUUAUGAAAGAAAAGGUUUCAAAAUAGAUUUUUUCAAUUUUAGUUACAUUUAAUGCCAGUUCUUGAAAUUAAAAUUCAGUGGACAUUUACAGUUUUUCACAUACUUAUGAUUUUUAAGUAAACAAAUAGUACAUCAGUAAGAAUUGAGUAUAAAUCUUUAUGCUUUGAUAUUAUACACAUCACUAAUUUACUAGUGAAAAAUGAAAAGAAAAAUUGUUAGGAUUGUUUACUGUUUUAUCUUUCUCCAGUUUUACAAGUGGAAAAGUUUUUCUUUUGUGUUGAUUAAUUUUUUUUUUAAUUAUGAAUGUUUACAAUGUACACUAUCAGUUUGGCAAUUUUCUGAAGGAUGAGUUGAUAAACUCGUAGAAGCAUUGUUGUAUUUUGAUUUAUUUGGUUGAGCUUGCUUUGUUUAAUAAAGGAUAAUCUGCUUGAAGUGGAAUGUAA